CUGAAGUUUAUAACAUUUUACGUCUUGAAAAGCUUCAUAUGAUGGAUCCGGAAAGCGAUAAUGAGCGGAAAGAACCGGUCGGGCUCACAGAUCGGCGGCGACGACCUCGUUCCGUAUCACGGCAAACAGCUUCAACCGACGUUGCUUCGGACUCUGAGGCUUCCACAGGUUGUCCAAGUGUAGCUGAUCGCGGAGGUUUCUGGCACCAUACAAUGCGGCGACAUAGACUCGAUGUUGUAUUGGAUCUUGAUCGAACCAUGGUGAAUAGUUUCGAGAUUAGGAAGGCAGGCCGGUCGGAGUCAGAAAAUGUUACUCCCAUUCUGCAAGAGAUCUACCGGGACGAAGAGGGACUACCCGAGUUGUACCUUUGCGUAAUUAGCGAUGUUAAAGUGUUGACUAAAAUACGUCCGCACGCGAGAGCUUUCAUCAGAGAGCUGGUGGCGAGUACAGACUAUGGUGUUGUGAUAUCGAUAUACACCAAAGGCAGUAGGCGGUAUAUGGAGGUAGUCAAACAGAUGCUGGAUCCAUCUGGGGAGCUCAUUAAAGGCCGUUUAGUGUCGAGAGACGAUGAGCCGUCUAAUAUGACGCCUGUGGAAAAAGACCCUGAUUUGAUAAUUAAUGCAUCGAUUGAAUCUGGUGCGCAAGUCGAUGGUAGUGAUGGUAGACUGUGCAAUGGAGAUAAGGAGACGAAGGAGAGUGAAAUGCGUAGAUGGUUUGUGGUCCUGGACGAUAGUCCUGAGGCCUGGCCAGAGGAGCUGAGAGAGGCGGGGAAUGUCGUGACAGCUAAUAUGUAUGAUUUCGCAGAGGUGAACCACCGUCAGUUGUUGGCCGCGGUAGCUGCUAGCAGUGUAGGUAGGACGACUAAGCUUGCAGCCCUUCCUAGAGAUGGGGAUGAUUUCCUAGAAUGGGAAGCACCCGAGAAGAUCUGGGAUGUCGCUGAUGAACUGUGUCGGGGGUACGGGUAUAUGCCGACCUGUCGAGGAUCUGAUGCUUGCUCUACGGACGGCUCUGAACCACCGUCACCCAGUAUGGCUGGAACUGAAGUGGAAGGCCUGGGGGGUAGUGCAGUUCGGCAACUUAUGAGGAGGUCGUCACAGCGGGACCGAGGAGAAGCUGUGGUCGAUAGUGAGAAGAUUGGCGGCGAUGGCAGUCGGAGACGACAAAUGCCGCGGCGACGGACUGCUCCGCGAGUAUCGGAUUCUGUUCAUACUCAUGGAGUUAGUAAGACUAGUAAUAUUAACGGGUCGAGGAUGGGAGUGUUGAAUCAUGAAAGUCGUGGAAGUGCGGUAUUGGAAUUGCCUAUGAGGUUCGUUGUAUUCGUAGUAGCGUCCUUGCUUAUAACACUACACGAGGUGCUCUAUGCUCCCAUCGAUCUUCGACCGGUCGUCCCCAUCUCUAAUACAACAACAGCUUUCUCCCUGGACGAAGGCCUCACACAGGCUCCAUCGGACGAGAAGUUCGCCUCCUCUGUUAAUACUACUGAGGUUGUCUUAACUCAGCCUGUGAAUGACGAUAUAUAUAACAGCACCGAGUUAACGGCAGGGUCUCACCUUCGGCAAGGUAUGACUACUGCUAAGCCGUCUCGAGACGAGCCGUACUAUCUAGUUUAGAGGCUCCUAGAAGGGCAGAGUGGAGUCUAUUGCUGUUACCAUUUCCAACUUCUUUUUCCGUCAUGUCCGUGAUUCAUGUAAAUCUGAAAAUUUCAUAAUCUCCUUCAAAGCUAUCAUCGCUAUCACUAUGUUCCUCUAUGUAGUAUUGGAGUUUCUGACUCCGGCUCAGUGCGGGCCUAUACAGCUGAUCCCGGGAGGCCUGAAGGCCGGGUCGGACGACUGGUCAUUUUGGAGCGCAUUUUUGUAGGUCUUUGUCGUGAUGAAUCGAUUGCAGAAAAUGUGUAUCGAAAUUAUUUAUUUUCAACAUGAGCUGGUACGUCGUGUAGGCGUUGUUGCUGUCACGGAGUCCCCCAGCAGGACUGGUCAGCACGUCUGGUCGUGGGGACUGCUUUCUUAAGAAAGAUCAGU